UUCGAGGAGCUGCAGAGGACAGAUCAAUGUGAGCUCCCCUGGAUGCUGGUCUGCUGCAGGACACUUUUCCUGGAACUGGCUUUUUCAUGGCUCCAGCGGAGCAGCGUCUGUGUCUCCUGCUCUUGCUCACCUGCUGCUGCUCCUUGGCGGAGGCACAGUUAUUUCGCUGGCUCUGGGGGAGCCAAAACAACCCCAAGGUAACGACCCUGCCCCCCACAGAGAGCCCCGCUACGGAGGGACAGACGGCGGAACUGCUUACCUCUCCUGUGGCCACCACGACAGAGGCUGCUGUGCCGGCGACCGCGCAGCCAGGGGACCGAGCAUGGCGCACACUCUCAGUCACGAGGCAGGCACCAGCCAUGGACACUGCUGUCCCCGCUCUGGCAUCCCCUGCCAUGCCCCAGGGCAAAGAGGAGAACAUCGCGGGAGUGGGGGCUGAGAUCCUGGACGUAGCAGAGGGCAUCAGGAGCCUGGUUCAGCUGUGGGAUCAGAGGACCGGGAACACAGGGGAGCCCACAGCCGCUGCUCCUCUGACAACGCCUCACACCAGCCUGGCUGCUCUAAGCUCUGCAACGGGGCUGGCUAGCCGUGGGAACAUGACUGCCAACUUGACAGGGGAGGGCCACAGCCUGCUCGGGACCGGGGAGCCAGAGGCUUCACUUCCCAUGUCAACAAGGCCCCCACCUGCCUGGAACAGGACUCAGGCGCUCUUACAGAAGCCUGCAGCGGCUCUUCCAGAACAUUUCAGCACAGAAGUCAGUCUUUUGCAGCUGAUUGGAGAUCCCCCACCGGAGCAAAUAACCAAAGUCAAUGGCCCCGACAACACUGUCGCUUAUGUCUUUGGGCCGGAUGCCAACACCGGUCAAGUGGCCCGGUACCACCUGUCUAGCCCCUUUUAUAGAGACUUCUCGCUCCUUUUCCAUGUUCAGCCCACCACCGACAAGGCCGGCGUGCUCUUUGCCAUCACAGAUGCCUCGCAGACGGUCAUCUAUGUCGGAGUGAAGCUCUCCGCCGUGCACGACAGGAAGCAACAGAUCAUCUUCUACUACACAGAGCCGGGCUCCGAGAGCUCGUAUGCAGCUGCAACAUUCUCCGUGCCUUCCCUAGCGAACGAGUGGACUCGCUUUGCCAUCAGCGUGGAGGAUGACGAGGUGGUUCUGUACCUGAACUGUGAGGAGUUUCGCCGGGUUCGCUUUGAGCGCUCUCCCGAUGAGAUGGAACUGGAGGAUGGGGCUGGGCUCUUUGUGGCUCAGGCUGGAGGGGCUGAUCCAGAUAAAUACCAGGUAAGUCCCCCACAGCCCCAAAUCACAGGUUCCAAUGAAAUCAGGAGCAUGAAAUGGAUAGGGAGAGCGGGCGCAUGCGCGCGUGUGUGUGUGUUUGUGAGAGAGAGAGAGAGAGUGUGAGGGGUGUAACUUCAU